AUGACCGAGAGCGAAGACUCCUCGGCUAGGUGUCUCUCUAUUAUAGAGGACUUGUCAAAAGAUUCGAUGCGGUUGAAAAAUAUAUCUAAAACUUAUUUGAAGAAACUAUCGAACUCAAGCUCCCCAGAGGAAAAUAUAAAAUUGCUUCAUAAUGAAUUAAAAUCUUCGAUAGAUAGCACUAGCCAGGCUUUUAUAGAAAUAUUAGAGUGCUUUGGCAGCCUUUUAUCCGAAAAAGAAAAAAAAGUUGAAAUAUUUGAGCGCAACUCUAUGAAUCUUAUAAAUAAUAUAAAGGCCAGACAGAUCUACCUAAAAGAAGUACCUCUGAGUAAAUAUUUAACUUCUCGUGAAGAUUUAGGACAUGCUCAACCCGCAACCAAGGAAGUUCGAGUUGAAAAUUUGUCUAACUUGGAUUUUUCUCCCAUUGAUAUAAAAGUUUUGAAUAAUAUAAACCUUGAAAAUUUCGAUAAAACGCCAACCAAUAAAAGACUUAUAGUAGCAAACACACGCAAAACGCACGUUCCACUGGACUCCCUCAACUUCCGGGAAGAAAGAAAAGACGAUAACAAAGAAGAUGCAACUAUUAACAAAUGCCAAUCUCGCUCGAAAACCGGCGACACAAAAAAAGGAGAAGCAGAUCGAGACGACAACGAGAUAGGCAGCUCAGCACGAGCGCCCAGUGUUACUCCUUCCCCUUCGCUAGGAAGUAUAGACAUCCCGCCUCCCGACUUGGAAGCGAUCAGCAGCUUCACGCUGGAAAGACUAUCAAUUGCCUCUGCCCCAAGCGAAGGCGAGCCGCCAGACGACGAUGCCUUCGGGGAGCUACCGGCGCCUGAACUGGACUUCGAGGAUCUUGUAGCGCUGACUGAAAGUCUUAAUUACCCGCACGCAAUAUUUAAUGGGCCCGAGCCGGACCUCAAUGACCUUCCGCGCCCUGAAACAGAUGACGACUGAAAUAUGUAUAAAUAAAACUAAAAUCCAC